CACUUAUACCUUUCCAUCGGUUUUGAAAUAUUUUGAAUGUCAGACACCAGUUUUCGCUGCUACAUUUACAAAAUUGAACGAAGACGAAUUAUAUCAUUGAAUGUUAUUGCUUGGAAUUUUUAAUAUCAGAGACAAAUUCGUACAGAGCUGAAUUAUGUUUAAAAUAUCGUAGAAAAAAUAUAAUUGUUUUCAAAAACAUUUUGAUAUAUAAUAACGUAAUUCUUAAAGUAAACUCAAACAUGCAUUAUCAAUCUUAUGAUGGUGAAGAGGAAUUUGAGCCAAGAAUUAUACCAAAACCAACAUCAAAAGUCGACUGCUUUGCAAUGCCUACUGUGCCAGAAAUAUCUUUAGUCUUUGAGAAACCAAUGGUUCAAAAUCUGAAUGAUAGAUGCAACAAUUCAUCACCAGUGAGAUUGCUGAAACCAAUACAAGUCCUUGAUAAUAUUGACAAUACUGUGGAACGCAUUAAUUCUACAUCAUCUAUUUCACACAAUCCUAACUCUUAUGCAGCAUGGAGAGAACAGAAUUACACUCGAGAGGCUAAUUCUAAAAAUGCAAUGCAUGUUUCACCAUUAUGUAAAAACACUUACAGCUGUAAUCAUGCAUUGCAAUCAGAUGUUUCUAUACAAAAGCAACAAGAGCAAAAUAAAAUAUGUGAUGUGCAAAAACAAGUGGUAAGAACCAAUGAUGGAACAUAUGAGAAAUGUGUAAAAUUCACAUGUCCUGAUGUGGACAAUUCUUAUAAUCUUCAUGAAGAUACUCAUUCAUUGCCUACAAGUAAGAGUCAUCUCUCUUGUAAUACUGUACAAAAAGCAAAUGUUAAUGUACCUGAUCAUAGCAUGAGAAUGCCUAACAAAAGUAUUCCAGACACUUUGAAGGGAACUGAGCACUUACAAAUGUCAUAUACUGGAUAUCAGCAAUUUCAUGCAUCUAGCCAAUCAAAUUAUAAUGUGGACAAUAAUGAAACAGUAAAAUCUUUAUUACAACUUGUAAAUAAUCAGAGUGAACAGAUAAAAAAUUUACAACUGCAGAUAGAUAGACUAAUAAGAAUGCAGGAAGAAAGUUUUAGGAACAAAUCGACUUGUUCUUGUUCAUCGACUCUUGCAAAUCAAGUACUGAAGUAUCCACCGAUAAAUUGUUACGAUACUGCCCUUAGUUCUUCCCUUGCACAAUCUCAAAACAAAGAUGUAAAAAGAAAUGAGACUAUACAGAAUAUGUCUGCUAUUGAAAAAAAAGAUUUAAAUAUUUUUGGUGAAAAUAAUAAAGUAGAAACAGCAUUGUUAGAACAACAAUCAAAGAAAACUUUUGUCGAACAAAAAGUUUCGAUUGGUGUUAUGACGAGUUUUGAAUUUACUGUGCAAAAUAGUCCAUUUCUAUUAGAUUCUGAAAUAUAUGAAAAACAGGAUGUAUGUAGAGAAAGUAAUAAUAUUAAUAGCAAAAAUGCCAUAAAUGUACAAGAUACAACAGAACCUGUUAAAAGAUAUAAGAAUACAUUUACACGCAAAACUGGAACAGCACAAUUGGAAAACAUAGUCGAAGAUUCGGAAAGUUACUUAUCCUCUAAUCAACAGCAAAGUAGUAAUUUUAAUGUAAAUUCUUCCACGAGAGAUUCAGAGAGACAUACUUUGAAGGAAUCAGAUAUAUAUAACACGGCUAACGCUUCAGAAUCUUCAAAAAAAUUUCAUUAUCCUCCUACAGAUUUCAAUCAGAAAGAAAUGCACAAAGGAGGAUAUCUGGAGGAAGUUGAUAAUACAAAUGAGCAAGUUAGUGAUACAAGAAAAAUGUUUAACGCCUCCAUGAAUGUGGAAUGUAGUCCUAGUGGGAGCAUGAAUUAUAAUAAAAUGCUUGUUGUCGACAAUGAAAAUGAUUAUACUACUAUAAAUAGGGAAAAGAACGUUCCUAACAUGAACACUAAUAAACAUUUAUACAACACUCAUUUGCCCGCAACAGAUUACUAUCAGAACUAUAGGAAUAAGAAACAUGAUACUAAUACUAAACAAAAUGUAGGUGAGAGCAUGAUACUCAGUGGAGGUGAUCUUAAAAUAUUUGAAAGACCACCACCAACUCCAGAACCAAGUAUUCAUGUUGAGAUGCAGGAAUAUACGAGCGAUGAUGAGAGUGAUAAAUUAAAACAUACUCCGAAAAUAGGCUGGACAUUCUAUGACAAUGUUUUAGGGCAAGUUAAUGAAAUUUUACAAAAUUCUACUGUUAUGAAUGAUAAAAAUCAGACUAAUGCUAAAAUAGUUCGCAAAAAUGAACAAGAAAAUGAUAUGGAAACUAGAACAGCAUUGAAUAAUGUUAAAACAGCUACUUUGGAACAACUUCGUAAACUUGGGAUUAGUUUAACUGAGAAUAAGGAAUAUAAGGAGUCAAAUUGUGACAAUAAAAUGUUAGAUUUUGAUUCAUCUUUUUAUCCUCGCUUGGAUCAUCAAGCAAAUAUGAUACAUACAACUAGCGUUGUAAAUGAAACAAAUACAAGUAUGCAUAUGAAAGCUUUAGCAUUAAAAUAUUUGAGCGAUGAACAACUGGCUGAUAUAGCAUUGCAUAAAGAAGAAUCAUCUUCAUUAAAGCAUCUCAUGGUCAGCAAUAUGCAAGGCACCAAUAUGUCGCUUGCUACAAUGCGUUAUUUAGAAAGAUAUAAAAUUUUGCCAGGAAAAAACAACAUUCAAGAAGAAAAUACUGACCAGACAUAUGGCGAAAUGAUAUCUAAACACGAUUUUAAACCGACGACCGGGAAAAAUAAUCCUACGCUACGUCAAUUUCCUUUUGUACAAACACCUGGUACCUCUUGUCCUAGCAGAAUAUUAGAUCUUUCUACUUUAAAAAGACAACCGAAAUUAUUAUAAAUUUAAAAUUAACAUAUAUCAUCCCAGACUCAAACCUUGUUUAACGGAGAUUCAAACCCCAUCUGGUGGAGAGCCAAAUCUUUUUUUCUCUUCGGAGUGUUCAGACUGUUCAGAGCAUGCCAUUGCGCCUAUAUUGCCAUAAACGUUAUCUGUUACUGUAUAAUCUUUUGGAAAUAAUAAAGCGAUAAUCUCACACAAUCUCAAGAUGAUCACGGACGUACAAUUAGCCGUAUUCUGCAACAUUCUGGGAGUUGCGCUAUUUUUCUUAGUAUUUCUUUUCCACUACAUAAAUGCCAAUUAUUCGAAAUAAGGGGAAAGAAGCAGAAAAUUAUCAUUCAAGGAUUACUUAAUGUAACAUAACCUAUGUUAUUGGAUUGACAACAUGUAUGUUUCUCCCACAUUAAUCAUAAUGUUCAAUAAAUGUGUUAUUUUGCUACUUAAAAUAUUAGGACAUUACAUAUACAUAUGUACGAUAGAUACAAAAUUGUGCAAUUUUUUUUUAUAUUUGAACUUCUAGAAAAUAAAUUCUAUGUUUUCCUUUA